AUGGAUUUUGACAAGAAGAAAGAAAGAAAGGGUUUGAUCAUCAAGACAUGGGAACGAUGCAGAUCAUUUGGAAAUACGAAACGCUCGUUAUCUCCGUUGGGGGCUCCUUUGCCGAAGAGCAAGUCAUGCAAUGAAAUUCCACUACCAAAGAGCAGGUCUUGGCCUAGGUUUCAUUUACCAGCAGGAAAGAAGCAUAAAAUUUCAUGGCAAGGGAGGGAUGGCUCAGUUGAUGACGGCAAAAUCAAAACUGUUACACGCCGUGUAACACCAGGGGGUUGUUUCUCCGUUUACGUCGGUCAACAGAGGCAACGGUUUGUGAUUAAAACUCAAUAUGCUAAUCAUCCACUCUUUAAGAUGCUACUUGAGGAAGCAGAACUGGAAUAUGGCUAUCAUUGUGAAGGGCCUUUAACUCUACCAUGCAACGUUGAUUUCUUUUAUCGAGUCUUAUCAGAGAUGGAAGCGGAAGGAGACGACGAUCAAAUCCAGCAAGGUUGCAACUUUGCCAAAGGGUGUAGUACAUAUAAACUACUUAGUCCAUCUCGAAUGGUGGCAAUGGAAUAUUGA